AUGAUACAUAUACAAACAAAAUUAAAAAUAAAAGACAAUACUGGAGUAAAAAUAGGACAAUGUAUAAAAAUUUAUAAAAAAGCUACUGGUACUAUAGGUGAUACUAUUUUAAUAUCAGUUAAAAAUUUACGUUUAAAUAAAAAAAAAAAAAUUAAAAUAACUAAAGGUGAUUUAUUAAAAGCUUUAAUUAUUCAAACUAAAUAUUCUGUUAAAAAUACUAUAGGUAAUUAUAUUAAAUUUGAUAAUAAUUGUGCAGUUAUUUUAAAUAAUCAAAAUAAAUUAAUGGGGACUCGUAUUUUAGGACCAAUCACUUCUGAAUUUAGAAAAAAAAAACAAUUUAAAAUUCUUUCUUUAGCUUCUAAUAUUUUAUAA